AUGUCGGUAGGCUUCCGCCACCACUUCCUGACAGGCCUCGAAGACAUUGCUAAACAACCACAGCCCGACAAGCGCUCCUCGUGGCUCUCCGACGGCCCCUCCACCGCCUACAACGCCGAGCUCGAGACCAAGUGCCGACAGGGUGCCCUGAGCGCCGCCGAGCGACUCAACCAAGAGAUCCGCGAUGUCGUCUGCUCACCGGCGUUCGCGGCAGCGGUCAUGUCGAAGAAGUCGAGCUUCAUGGAUCUGAAUUGCUAUACUGAUACUACUGGUACGAAGAAGGGUCAAGGGAGCGAGUAUGCAAGUCUACGAGCGCGACUUGCUCGUCUUGAGUCCAGCGCGGUGUGA